AUGUUCAGUGCAGGACUGUGUUUCACACAAACACCGAGCCCCUUCAGGGCCCGACUAACCCAGAUAACGCGAGCUGCCAGCUCAGCGUCCCCAAGCAAGGCAUUCCAUGACCGGGUGCAGGAAAUCAGAAAUGUCUGUGCCGAGCCUUAUCCUCGGCUAGCCGUGGAUCAGCGUACAUUGAGCUGCGCGGAAUUUUGCGCGAGAUACAAUGGCCUCGCCAACAAUGAAUCAGUAGAGGACACAGUGGUCGUCUCCGGUAGAAUUCGUACCUACAGACUUGCCGGAAGCAAAUUGAUUUUCUUCGACAUCAUCCAAGAUGGCCAUAAACUCCAGGUGAUGUGCAACCAGCGCCAGCUGGUAGGUGUCGAACCUGCCCAGUUCAAGCAGCUGUAUCGUCUGCUACGACGUGGUGAUUCUUUUUCUGUAACUGGUCAACCGCACCGCACUGGUCGAGGCGAGCUCACUGUCAACGUCACGGAGCUGCCGAAGCUGUUGUCGCCCUGUCUUCACGAUGUCCCUGUUUAUGAUGCUUCGCACGAAAUAUCGCCGUAUCCCCGUCAUGUCCAGUUUCUGGCGGACCCAGUGACCAAGGAUAUCAUCCGUGCCAGGUCUGCUGUGGUUCAGUAUCUGCGCCAAUUCUUCUUGGAUCGGUCGUUCAUGGAGGUCAACACUCCUAUCGUCGGAUCUGUGGCUGGCGGCGCAAUCGCCCGUCCUUUCUACACUAAUGCCACUGAAUUUCCCGAGCGCAAGCUGUCUCUGCGCAUUGCACCGGAACUGUGGCUCAAGCGGCUGGUUGUGGGUGGAUUCGACAAGGUCUUUGAGAUUGGACCGUCUUUCCGAAAUGAAGGACUGGACAAGACGCACAACCCCGAGUUCACCACCUGCGAGUUUUAUCAAGCAUACGCCAACCUCGAGGACUUGAUGACUACCACCGAGAACCUUCUGUUUGGAAUGGCUUCACACAUCCGAGACUUCAAUCAAGAAGGCAAUCUCAAACCGACCUCUGUCAACUUCACCACUCCCUUCCGUCGGAUUGACUUCCUCACCGGCAUCGAAGCAGGAAUCAAUCGCAAACUCCCCGAUCUCACAUCUCCAGACGCUCUUUCUCAAGUCUACCAAAUCUUCCAUGACCUCUCCCUCCCACUCCCCGAGAACGCUAAUCUUCCCCGCCUCCUCGACGAACUAUGCAGCAUCUACGUCGAACCACAAUGCGUAGACCCAACCUUCAUCAUCAACCCACCUGAAUGCCUCUCCCCACUCUCCAAAUCUUUCGUCCAUCCUAUAACCAAACAGAUUGUCGCCGCGCGCGGUGAGCUCUUCAUCGAGGGCAAGGAAGUCGUCAACACCUACGAGGAAGAGAACUCCCCCUUCGAACAACGCCGCAAGUUCGAGGACCAACUGCGCUUCUCCAAGGCCGCCGAUGAGCCUGGUGAGAUUGACGAAAGCUACCUCGAGGCUUUGGAGUGGGGUCUCCCUGCUACCGGGGGCUGGGGAUGUGGUAUCGAUCGCCUCGUCAUGCUAUUUACGGGCGCGAAACGCAUUGGCGACGUCUUGCCUUUUGCCGCUGGCUUAUCGGCAGGGUCCGAAUUUACGAAGAAGCGGGGGAAGAAAACCAUCUUCAUCCACCACGAUGAAUGUGCCCAAGGUGUCUGUGGCCCAGGCGGUGACCGCACCGUCUCCUUCGAAACCCUGACUGAAGCCUUCGGGCCCUCUUCACUGGGCAUUAUCGUGGUCAAAGACCUCCCGGAGAACUUUGUACAGCUACGCAAGCAGGUUCUCUCGAAUGCAUCCUACCUCGCUGCCCUUCCUGAGGCUGAGCUCGAGGCUCUCGAAAGCCCAGAGUCAAAAUACCUGGUAGGCUGGUCCUGCGGCAAGGAAACCCUCAAAUCAGGAACCUUCGAUACUCUCAAAGGCUCCUACUACGUCAACUGCGCCUUCUACCGGGAUCCAACUCUGCAAAAUGCCCCAGCGGAAGGCUUCUCCGAUCUACCACAGUAUACGGCGCCCAAUAUUUGGCCAUCCCCGGCACGCCUGCCGACAUUCAGAUCCAGCAUCGAGAGUCUAUGUACCCUGAUCAUCGACACCGCAGCGCUCGUGGCCCAGGCCUGUGAUCGUUACGCCGAGGCUAAUAUCGACGAUUACAAGCCUGGCUAUCUCCAGCGCGUCGUCAAAACAAGUCUCACCACCAAAGCCCGACUUCUCCAUUAUUUCCCAUCAACGGAGACUGAAGGAAAAGACGGUGACGACGAUGACUGGUGCGCGACCCACGUCGACCACGGCUGUCUUACAGGUCUCACGUCAGCCAUGUUCCUCGACGAAGAAGCUUCUCUACCUAUUCCAGACCCGUCAUCUCCGGACUUUGUUCUCACGGAACUUCCGCAGUCCCCGGAUCCGGAGGCGGGCUUGUAUAUUAGUUCUCGUACGGGUGAUAUCGUCAAGGUGAACAUCCCGAAGGAUUGUCUUGCUUUCCAGACGGGAGAGGCGUUGCAGCUUAUUACGCGGGGAAAGUUUAGAGCUGUGCCGCAUUUUGUAAAGGGGGCGAAGUGUGCUGGGAAGGGGAAGAUUGCGAGGAAUACAUUGGCUGUUUUUACGCAGCCGAAUCUUGGAGAGGAGGUUGAUAGUGGGUUGACUUUUGCGGAGUUUGCGAGGGGAGUUGUGGCGAAGAAUUAUUAG